AAUUUUGUUUGGGAAAAUUAUUCGGUGAAAGUGGUUUUGAAUUUUUAUUUAUUAUUUGUGGAUUAAAAUUUUUUUUAUUAAAAAUUUUAAUUAGUCAAAAUUUGUUCCUAGUUUACUUGCUUGAAUUCAUUCAUCUUAAUUGAUUAUCUAUACAUCUGCAGGCACUUUACGUGAUGAAUCCUAAUAAGUUUAGAGCAUGUGAGUUUCUCAUAAAUUUCCGUGAAAGGACAUGUGAUAAAAUUAUAGUAUUUGCUUAUAAUCUGUUUGCUCUCACUGAGUAUGCUAUGAAACUCCGUAAACCAAUGAUAUAUGUUGUUACAAGUCAUGUUGAGAGGACAAAAAUUUUGCAAGCAUUCAAACCUAGCAAAGAUAUAAAUACUAUUUUUCUUUCCAAGGGAAAGCUUGAGGAUAGGAUGGCAGGGGCAAGGAGGAGUAUAAUGCAUUUUUUUAUUCCCUUGUUUCAAUUGAUACCCAGGAGAUGUAUUACUCAACUAAGAGACAACAAUUUUUAAUUGAUCAGGGUUACAACUUUAAGGUUAGGUUCACUCCAUGUUGCAUUUCUAGUUAUUUUUCCUAGAGCACACAUGGGUUUGUACAUUUGCUCUACUUUGUUUGAAGUUUUCGAUUUACUUGGAAUAAGUGGGAACGAGCUGAAUUUCCUUGUGAUAAUGCAUCUGUUCUUUUUUAGUGAAACAAUUUCAACCAGUUGCUGCUUUGCUAUGAUGUUCUUUAGCUACUUAAACAUUAUGUCCUUUAAAUAUACUGUAGAGCAAGUUGUUAGUGUUAAAAGCACUUAUGGAUGAUUCUAAUUAAGUUUUCCAGUGGUGUAUGUUAUGUUUGCUAUAACCUUGGUUAUUUGUUUGUUCACGCGAAGUACUCAAGAAGGACAUUAUAAAUGGUGAGAAGGAAGGAAAAGAAAGAAACUAGCUAAUAUAUUUGGACUCAA